AUGGGCAUCGAAAUCUCGCCAUGGUCCUUGAUCAGGGUCGUUCAAACAGCAUGGAAAUGCAUACCCGCCUCGGACAUAUGUACGGCUAACGACAUUACAGCGGAUCAAACAUCCUACAUCAACUACAUCAAGCCCAUCAUCCUGGCAGAAGAGCUCAAGGUCGACUAUACCAUGUCCAUCAUCGAUACCAAGACCGAGUGGGCGUAUCGCAUUCACCCGGAGCGAAUGGUCCCAGCUCUUCGCGACUACGAUCUCGCGACCGGGCAAGUUGCUCGUGUGUUCGAAUCCACGGCAUGUCUUUACUAUCUCGCCGAAAAAUUUGACACGGAUGGGACGUGGACAGGGCGUGGGCCCGCGGAGCGCGCCCAGGUACAUUCUUGGAUGGCGUUGCAGACUGCUGGCCUUGGUCCUACGGCAAAAUUCUGGCUGUAUUUCCUGCGCGGUUAUCCUACACGUGAGAGUCCUGUGCAGCUGCCACGGACCAUAGACAAGUUUCGCGAAGCCACCAUGAAGCAAUGGGAUCUACUGGACGCUCGUCUCUCGCAGCCCGAGCACCUCUACAUUGCGCUGCCCGGCCGGCCGACACUGGCUGAUGUCGCAUUUCUUCCCUUUGCAAUGCCCGCGAUCUUCGAAAUUUUCGGCGUCGACAUCAGCCGCUGGCCGAAAAUUGCUGCGUGGUCGACUCGCAUGAUGGAGCGACCGGCUGUGAAAAAGGUGCUGGACAUGGCUCCCAACAUUGGACAGUAG